GUUAAAACAUGGUCACGUCGUGCAUUCAGCUGCAGGCACCGUAUGGAUGAAUUCUCGCAGUACACGAGAUCUGAGAGUGGAUAUACUGGACAAUGUACUGGAAAAAUGAACAAACAACAUCGAAAGAGAGUCCAGGCAAGAACACCGGUAAAACUCAAGAGCUGUUUGAAGAAGUAUCGUGCUCGUCGUCGUUGUCUCUGUCACCCAGCUCCUCACCUCAUGCCAUGACAGAGAAAGCCAUCUGUACCAGCUGUGGCACUGAGAUAGUCGACAAAUACCUGCUCAAGGUGAACGACAUGUGCUGGCACGUGAGAUGCCUGUCGUGCAGCGUGUGCCAAACAUCUCUGGGCAGACACAUCAGCUGUUAUAUAAAAGAGAGGGAGAUAUUUUGUAAAUUGGAUUACUUCAGGAAAUACGGGACACGUUGCGCUCAUUGUGGCAAGAACAUACAUUCAAAUGACUGGGUCCGUAGAGCAAAGGGGAACACCUACCACCUGGCUUGUUUCGCCUGCUUCUCCUGUAAGAGACAGCUGUCCACAGGAGAGGAGUUUGCCCUGGUGGAUGAGAGAGUUCUGUGUCGAGUGCACUAUGAUUGCAUGCUGGACAACCUGAAACACGCCAUGGAGAAUGGAAAAGGAGUGAAUGUGGAGGGAGCUGUUCCCUUGGAGCAGGAAGUGAAUCAACCCAAGCCAGCCAAGAGGGCACGUACAAGUUUCACUGCUGACCAGCUACAGGUAAUGCAAGCCCAGUUUGCUCAGGACAACAAUCCAGAUGCCCAGACUUUACAAAAGCUGGCAGAAAGAACUGGUCUUAGCCGCAGGGUUAUUCAGGUUUGGUUCCAGAACUGUCGAGCUCGUCAUAAGAAGCAUGUGAGCCCAAAUCACUCAUCCACUGCACCUGUGUCAUCUCUGCAGCCUACCAGACUCUCUCCGCCUCUAAUAGAUGAGCUUCAGUAUGCUGCUUUUGCCCCUGUGGACACCCCUAUGCUCACUGCUCUACACUCCUAUAUGGAUGGUACUUUAUGCUCUGAUGGGAUAUUACUGUACCAGUGAUCCAGUGUAUGGGGCUUGAUUAGUUACGUCCACUCUCCCGCUUCACUGGGGCUGCAGCCUCUCUUGCUUCACUCGAUGACACAGCUGCCCAUCAGCCACGCCUGAGACGCUCACUGAUGGGGAAAUAUUCACACUUCUAUUGACUGAGUCUUGAUAAAAGACCCGUGCUACUCUUUCAUGGGCACUUAUUGAAGGAUAUCUAUCUUGAAAUGAUCUAAAAAGAAAAGAUUUCAACAUAAUUGUGAAAAGAGCAAGAAGUUUUUGUUUAAUAUAUAAUAUUUAUCUAUAGAGUGAUGGAACAAAUGGCUUUUAAUUUAUUUCUUGUAUAUGACUGAGCACUUUGUUUUAAAAUAAAUGUACCAUGGAAUUCUUAGUUUCUGGAUUAGUCAGCACACCGUUUUUGUUUGUUUGAUAGUUCUAAUGAAACUUAGAAACUGAAGAGAAGCAAAUAAAAUCUGAAUAACAUCCACAGGGCUGAGAUGAGUGAUUUGCUGCUAGUGAUUAAAGAUUUAUUUGAUUUAAGACUUAUUUUUUUAGAUUCACAUAAUUGUUAGAAUCCUGCUAAAGCAUUUCUUGUGGGGUGGAAUCAGAAGUUAGGAAGUUAUACUUAAGCAUUAUUCCUUUGACUCUAAAGUUUGGUGUGCUCUGGGAUGUGGCCACAAGUGUGGCACAGGGUGGCAGCUGCCACCCCAACAAAGACUGUCUUUCUCUCUCUAUAGUAAACUAAACCAGUAAUUGUGGUGUCAUUCACAAUUUUAUGAAGAUUUAUUGUGUGCUGUGGAGAUGGAAGAAAGCUUGUUUUAAAAAUUGUAACCGAAAUGUUCCAGAUACACCCAUAAUUGUGCCUUGGUCAUUAUAAUGCUUUACAAAUUAGUUUCUUGGGGGACUGACACGCUAUCGUAUUGAAUACUCAUUUACGAUGAAAUGGUUGUGUAAAAGUCACAUUUAUAUGUACAGAUAUUAUGCUUCAAGGUCCUAAAAAUUAAUUCAUUUACUCACCCAUGUGCAAUCCCAGAUGUGUGACUUUGUUUGUUCUGCAGGAUACAAAUGAAGAUUUUUAGAAGCAUAUUUCAGUUCUGUAGGUCCAUACAAUGCAAGUGAAUGCGUACCAAAAUUUUAAAGCUCCAAAAAGCACAAAGGAAGCAAAAAAGUCAUCUAUAAGACUACAGUGGUUUAAUCCAUAUGUUCAGAAGAGACAUGGUUUGGGUGAGACAUUUUUAGUGAUCCAUAUUAAGUUUGUUUUUACUAUCAAUCUCCACUUUCACCUUCACAUUCUUUCAAGGUGAUUUGCAUUUAUCGUGUAUAUCGCCAUCUACUAGGCAGGGAGGAGAAUUUAUGGUAAAAAAAGACUUGAAUAUUGAUCAGUUUCUCACCCACACCUAUCAUAUCGCUCCUGAAGAUAUGGAUUUAACCACUGGAGCAUUAUGGAUUAUUUUAUGCUGCCUUUAUGUGCUUUUUGGAGCUUGUUUUGGUCCCCAUUCACUUGCAUUGUGAGGACCUACAGAGCUGAAAUAUUCUUAAAAUCUUUGUAUUCGGCAGAAGAAAGUUAUACACAUCUGGGAUAGCAUGACUGUGAGUAAAAUGAGAGAAUUUUCAUUUUUGGGUGAACUAUCCCUUUAAGCAGAAUGCUAGGAAAUCUCAGUCCCCAUUCACUUUAAUUGUAUGGAAAGAAAAAAGGGCAGCACCAACAUUGUUCACAUAAGUGUGAGCAAAUGAGUGAUUUUUCAUCAUUGGGUUGGCUAAUCCUUUAAAUUAUUAAACCAUUUUAAAGAUGAAACUGUACGAUUUCUUAACCAUGAUUAACUACGAAGCCAAGAGCAAUUAGUACUUUAUAAAUUCAAAAGAAAGUGCUUCAUAAGCACUUCAAAUAAAAUCUGCAGAUGCAGUUGACCUCCUGCUGAUAGUGCACAAUGCAAGAUCUGGGUGGAUGGUGAUUGCCCUUUAUUUCCCCCUGUGUGUCUUCUUCCUGCGAGUCUUUCUGAGGAUCUUUCUUAGCGAGCUGGUUGUAUAAAAUGGUUGUGAAGCUGAUCCGUCGUUCUUCUCUAGAUCUAGAGCUGUAAGUAGACAUAAGGACGAUUAAACGAAUGUGUGUGUGGGGUUGAGUAGCACAGUGUUCGCUUUCGAACCAAAGGCGAUCUUCAUUGACUGUCUUAUUUUGUUACUAUAACAAUAUUCCUUUAGGGUUAAGUGUGUAUGUAGCCAGCUAAUGACUUCUGAUGAGAGACAUUGAAAACAAUACAAGAUGUGUUGAAGUUUUAAUGCAUCUUAAUGGUAGUUUAAUUGAGAGAAUUAAGAUCGGAAAUAACAUGUUUAUUAGUGAGAGAUUCAUCACAGCUGUGCCAUUUUGUUUGACAACAAAGAUAAAAAACAGCCUUCAUGAAAAAUCCCUAACUGUUAAUCUAGAAAUGAAAUUGGUUUGUGAAAUUGCUAUACAGUAUUCUAUAAAUAGUUUUAUUCAUUUACAUAUAAAAAUAACAAUUACACUUUGUAAUACAAAAAGUACAAAUAGAAUAAAUAUUCAUUCAAAGAACAUAUACAGUUAUAAAUCUGUAUCUGAAACUUUAAGAUGUAUCUCAAAGUACAAAUGAACCUAUAAAUAUCUUUUGAGAAUGGCCGUUAUGUAUAUAGCAACAUUUUCCAUUUCUAGCUCCAAAUUAUUCUCAAAUAAAGAAAAAAUAAAACCUUAAUUUUGUACAAGGUUG